AUGGACUUGUUUAAGAAGCUUAAGUGUCAGAAGGCACGGUGUGAUAAUGGAGUCAAGUAUUAUGUAGUGCAUACAAGUGGAUAUGUGUGCGGGGUGUGAAAAGAGAUGGUAUAUGCUGAUAAUGAUGUCCAACUACUUGCAGUACCUCAGGAAGUGAAUAGUUCAUUGCAGCUAGUUGAGUACAAUCUCGAAUCGAUAGAAUUAUUUAUCAAAAAUGAACCAGGACUGCAACAGAAAUGGGAGCACCUCAUUGAUUCUCUCAAAGAUUUUCAGAAGAGAGCAAAUGAAUUAAGGGAAACUUUCUCAAACUUUGUGACUAAUAAAUUCUGGUCAAGGAUAAGCCAAAUAAAGCCUCAAAUAGAUAAGCUCAAAGAAGAAUGGAGGAAAAGCCUCAUACUUGCAGAAUACCUCUUAUAUGAAAACUCGGAGAAUAUGAGACUAAGAUCCAAAGAAAUUAUGAUACAAAAUAUCACAAUGAUAGAAAAUAUUAGACUCAAAACAACUUUGGACGAAAUAAGAAGAGAAAAAUUAGACACAGAGACAAACCUCAAAUCUAAAAUAGAUGAAAUCUCAAAUGAAAAGACUGAGAUACUAAGACAGAAAGAGGUAAUCCUGUCUGAAGUGGAGUCUAUUAAAGAGAAAGUUGAAGAACUUGAGCUACAAAAAACUCAGCUAAAAUCUCAAAAAAUCUCGCUCGAAACUAACAACACCAAAUUAAAGACAACAAACACCACACUAGAGACCCAAAAAGCCGACCUAAACACCUCCCUCGCCAAAUCCCAAACAGAAGUCCUCCAUAACCAAUCCCAAAUAUCUCACCUAAAACAAACAAUCUCCUCCCUUACCUCCACCUACGAAGACCUCAAAUCUCUAAUCUCCACUUCUCACGAUUCUCAAUCCCAAUCAAAUACAAAUCUCGAAAACUCAAUCAAAACCCUUACAUCCCAACACACAACCCUCCAAAACACCCUCUCAAACACCCUCGAAAACCUCGGUAUGGACAUAGACUGGCUCAAAGUAACCCAAUCCACAAACCAAACCCACACCCAAAACUCCCUAAAUUCCCUCCAAACCUCAACCACCUCGCUCUCCUCCUGCCUAAAAUCCACACAAAAAGACCACCAGCACACCUCUUCCCAAAUCCUUGCUCUCACCAAACAAUCUGCUGGCACUCUUACAAAGACUUUAAUGAACAGUGAACUUUCUAUUAUAAAUCUUUGAAGUCCGAAGUACAAGGCAUUCUUGGAUAAGAUAGCGAAGGAGAAGAUGGUUGAUUUUUAUUUGAACCAAGAGGUGGAUAAGAAGGUGUUUAAGGUAGUGACGAAAGCAGCGCUUGAGCAUUUGGAUGAGAUUAGGGUUUGGAAUGGAGAUCAGGUUGAUGUAGACACAAUAAACACUUUCCUUCAAUCCAGUAUCCCUGCCCAACUUCCAACCCUCAAAAUAUACUUCACUUACAACUCCACCCCUUCCAACUACGUAGCAAUCACCCCAUACCUCCCCUCAAUCCUCGCCCUAAAACCCUCGAUCAAAACCACCCUCGUCCUCAGCCGUUUCACCAUAACAAAAUCCGAAAAAUCCCAAAUAGACCAGACCUUUGAAGAUAUUACUCUCAACUACUUCUAUUGCAGUAGUACUUGUUCGUGUUGCCAAGUCAGAAUAAUUUAGUAGGUUAAGAAUGUUGUUCAAGGG